AUGUCAUCGUCACACCUGCCGUUUGCCUUGCCCAACACCUCUCAACUUGUUGAUCCGACUCAGAUCCCGUAUCCGGAUCUCCCUCAUGGAUCCGAAGAUCCGUUUCUUAUCCGUAUAGUUGAUCGAUUUCGCUCGAUUCCAUUCCCAAUGUACGUUCUACUCAAGGAGCUAUUGCCUAAGCCUCACGUAAUACGUACAAUGUCGCAUCACCUGAAGAUCAUCUAA